AUGGCGGAGAAAAACUGGGCCUUGGGCGAAAAUGGGGCCAAGGUGGUAGAGGUAUCACACGAGGCGGCCCAUGUGGCGAGUGCCGCCUCCAACCUGCUUGUCGAGCGCGAGGAUCUGCUCUGGAUCACCUCCGACGCGCCACAGCACGUGACGCUGAAACUGGCGGAGUCCCACCCGCCCCUGCGGUACGUCGGCUGGCACGUCUGGCACGACUACCUCACCAACCCGAAGACGGUGGAGGUGGCGUCGGGGGAGUCCGUCGACGACAUGGUGGCGCAGCUGGUGUGCCAGGCCGUCUCCGGGGCCGGAACGCAGGUGUGGAAGUUGCCGAAUGCGAUUCCCCCCAACCACUUGUUUGUUCGCGUCAAGAUAUUGGAGACCUUUAGUCCGGGGCCAACGUACAUGAACAACGUCGUUCUCUUCGCCAACGACCCCGGGGCCCGGUUUCGCGGGGCCCGCACCGCGGAGUUGACGGUCCCCAAACAAGCAGGAGCCUCCGCGGCGCGGAUGAGUGUGCUGCUCAAGGAGCUGGAUGAAGACAUCCGGGCACUGCACCCCAUAAAGACGGUCUCGCCCAAGAAAAAUAUGUUACUAUACGUUCCACAGGAGCCCAUGGCGGCGUUUCCGCACGAGUACGCCGAGGAAGAGUCCGCGUCGCCGAACCUACGUGGUCCCGCAGAGCGGCAGGGAAGUAACUAUAUGAAUAGAGGUCCCCAAUACGCCGUUGCAGGGGAGCGAUUAGAAGGUGUAACGCCGGCACAUGUGGCCCCAGCUGCUGGUACCGUAGAAGUUUCGCGCGGGUUCAACGAACGCCUAUGUGCCCUGGAGCAGGCCGUCGCUUCCCUCACGCAGAGCAUGAACCACCAACGAGAAGAUUUGACCAUGAUUAAGCGAUUACUUCUUCAACAGGCUUCUGAGCGACGCCGCGAAUUAGAGCAGAGACUUACUGCACAACAGGCCUCAUCGGCCCAGCAGCAACUACAACUGCAGCAACAUGAGAAGCCACACCGAGUUUCCCGCCACCAGGUGUCCGUGGACUUUCCAGAAGACGCCCUCCGAUCUUUUGUAGAGGCAGUUGUGGCACCAAAACUGCACAAACACACGAAGCGCACUGAGGCGCAAACUAUAGCUAAACUAGAUGAGUUCUUGAAGGAUAUCGUUGCAGAGAUAACCCUGGCGGUGGACGAUCGUGUUCGGUUUCAUCAACAAGCCAGUUUAAACAAUACUGGGUUAUUGCCGGAUAUGGCGCCGCACAACUCUGAAAGCCGUAGGGUAGAAUCCACUAAUGCCCCGCCAUGUCUUAUGAAAGCGCGUGAGCGCUCGAGUGAGGUGGAUUGCCGUGCCGCUCAGCCCGCACCUGCCACGGUUCCUCCUCGCCCGCUAGCAUCAUCUGCAGCGACACCGCCUGAGAGCAGUGUAAGUCGCCGUCAGGGCAAGGGUGCUGGAAGCGCUCCUGUAUCAAUUAUCCGUGAUGGUUCCUUGGAACCUGAUUUGAGCUUCUUUAGAGGUUCAGGAGAAAACCGCCGCUGA